ACGGCGUUGGUUAUAAAAUCGGCGCCAAACGCAGUUCUUUUCCAUCCAAGGCUUCGUACGGUGAAGUUGUCCGAGUUGCUAGAGUUCGCACCACCCCUCCCACCCAUGCCCCUGCUUGGCGACGAGUGUUUUCUGUUGAACUUUUCCCGAAGUGUUUGCCCUGCGAGCGUGUGUCCAACGUGUGCGCGGUAUGGUGUCGACCGGUACGGCAAGCGCCAGCAACGAAACGGAUCUCGGAAUUAACGCGCCUGCUUCGAUGUAACAAUUGUUUCGCACGCGUCCGUCAUCCUGUCCCAGUUGUCGUCGGCGGCGGUGCCGCUUGUUGUGUGUCCCGUUCCGUGUGUAUGUGAGUGUGUGCAUAUGUGACUGUGAGUGUGCGCGUCCUGUACAUUCAGUGACUUUUCCUUUUAUUCUGGCGGCAGGGCAAACAAAGUGAGGUUACCUUGAAGGGACUGAGAAUAAAACUUUCGAUCGCGUCUUGCCUGCGCCAACCCUCCCCCACGCCCCGGUGCGGCGUGUGUUGCAAAAUUAGCGUUUUUUGUGUGUACGCGUGUGUGUGCGUGUGCUUGUGCGUGAUUGUUGUGUUGUGUCGCUCCUGUCAUCCGCUUUCCGAGAAGGCAAACAUCCCGCGCUCGCUGACAUCCGAGCUCUAUCGCAAUCAAUCAUCUCCUCUCGGUGGUCAAGAUGGCAGACGAUUCCCAGAGUGAAAACAGCGCGCCGAACGAAGGCACACCCUUCGUCCGCAAUCCGGCCAACUGUACCUCGCCGUACUCGGUGGACAUUCUGCUGUCGCCCUUCCUCGGCUCGAUGGGAGCGACCGAGGGCCUGUCGCUGAUACGCAUCAAGCGCCCGCCGCCGUCGCGCACCCGGUCGCCCUGGACGAUCCGGCUGAUGUCGCGCCGGCACGAGUGUACCUUCACCUACUACUACCAGGUGCUGCUGCUGGACGAAGCUAAACUCAUCAGAAACCUGAGCUGCCCAUUCAUUGCCGGUGCCGAUUUGCUGCAGGGCGAACUGGCCGACUACAAGUGCCAGCUGGCGAAGGAGUACUGUAAGGUCGAUCUGGCCUACAUCCUUUCGCUGCGCUACGGCGAGGACGGCGCGGACGGCCCACGGCCGCUGGACGUCCCGCGGGCGACCAAGGUGGUCGAGAGCGUGCUGGAGGCACUGAACUUCCUGCACAACGUCGCCGCCCUGCUGCACGGCGAUCUGAAAUCGUUCAACGUGCUGGUGCAGGGCGACUUCGAGGCGGUGAAGCUGUGCGGGCUCAGCCGCAUGAGCCACAAGGUGGACGGGGACGGCACGGUGGAGGGAUGGACGGCGGAAACCGUCAGCUCGGCGGUGGCGCUCGGCCUCUGGUCCGCCCCGGAGCUGUUCGAGAACAGACCCGGCACGACCAAGGCGGACAUCUGGUCGUUCGGGCUGCUCGUGUUCGAGCUGCUGACCGGCUAUCCGCCCCACACCUUCCCGGGCGUGAUGGACAAAGCGCUCGCCGAGCCGAACGAGGUGCUGGGCAUGCGCAAGCCGGCCGGCCGCCGCAACUCGGACGUGGUCGUGAUGGACGAGGACGACACCGACUGCGUGAUGGUGGAGGACGAUCCGGGCAGGCAGCAGAAGCGGCUGAAGGCGGACGUCCCGUUGGUGGUGGCCCGCAAGCGGGCGUACGAAUUCCCGCCCCUCAGCAGCAGCGACUACAUGCUGGAGGCGGGCGGUGCUGGAGAAGCCGCCGGAGCAGAAGCGCAAGGUUGGAUGAAGCGGUCCAGGGCGGAGGAUGGCAGUGCGGCGGAGGGCACCGGCAACAACAAGCAGCUCACAAUCGAUCUGCUCAACGACGAGGACGACGCACCGCAGGAGCAGGAGCAAAACGGGCUGUCGAACCUAGAGGCCACCACCACCCCCGCGUCGACCGCUGCACCGAUCGAGCCGGCAGCGGGAGCGGUCCAGGGGGAAGUAACCUCGUCCGAGGCGAUGGCGGAGGCACCCGGGGGCGAACAGGCCCUGCCGCUUGCUGCGGCCAAGGUUGAAGCCGCGGUGGCCGCCUUCGCCGAGGGCACGGCGCCCGGCGAGGGAGAGAACGUCCCGGGCGAGGCGGCGGCAGCAGCAGCAACCGGCAAGGGUAAGAAACCGGUCGACGAUGUCGUGAUGGUGCUGGACAGCUCGGACGAGGACGAGGACGAGCCGAGCUUCCGGGACAGCCAGCGGCUGCGCGAAGUGCUGAGCGACGAGGAGAGCGAAAUCUACGACUCGUUCGACCAGGACGAAUGCUACGACGACGAGCCCGUCUCGGAGAUCGAUUCGGAGCUGGAUGAUGACAACUUCAUCAACUACGCUAGCCUCGGCACGCGCCCCCCGAUCCCGUCCGACAUUCCGCUCGGGGCGGAGUAUCGCCGGCUGCUGGAAGUGUUUCUGGUGUGCACCCGCGAGGACCCGGCCGACCGCCCGACCGCCAAACUGCUGCUCGGCGCCAUGAAGCUCAGCGCAGACACGGCAGCAGCAACGCCACAAUCAACCUCCCCAGAUCAACCGCCAAACAACUAAACGUGCUGCGUGUGUGCACUGCGUCGCAGUUACUUGUACAUUCAACGAUAUGCACACAUAUUCCAUUACCUUAUAAGUUUGUGGCAAACUUUGUCUUUGUAGUCGUUCGAGGAGAGAACGCUAUUAGAUUUGUAGCGUUAGUAGUAUUCGAUUUUCUAUCGCACCUCUAGAGGGAGGGGAGCAUUCUUGCAUGUACAUAGGAAACUGUUUGUUGUUUUUUGGGUCAAUUCUUUCAUUCUUUCUCUUUUUUUUUUUUUUGGCAAGAAGCUCAUGGUACGAAAAUCCAGCUUGACACAUAGCCGGUCUAAGAUGGACAGGUGCUUCUACUUUUUUUUUGUCACUUUCACUCCGACGAUCAAAGUUACGGGUCGUCUUAGGUUACUACCAGGAUGGCAGGGAGAGUUACACUAGUUAGGAAAUAGUUCGCCAGCUGAACGCCAACAACCCCUGAACGCGAAGGGGGGGGGGGGGGGGGAGUAGGUUCAGUUCAGGAUUGAUCUCUCCUCCGCCUGUGCCCGCGCGCCGUUCGAUCUCUGUGAGCAUUGGUGUAGGCGCAAGAGAAACGGGCCAGGGAACGGACGAACAGGGGAGAAAACAGGCUGGCAAAAGGAGUGGGAAAGCGUUUCCUUUUCUGCUCAUUAUUUAAAGCAUUUCACUAAAAACAAACCUCAUCGGUAAUCUCUCUCUCGCGAGCGCGCGCGCGCGCGCGUCAGCGUCUUAGGGAAAGACAGCUGCAAUUCGAACUACACUCACCUACAUUUUAAACCUCAUUCACACACAGAGAGAGAGAGAGAAACAUAUGGUAGACGUAAAACAAACAGCUAGAAGCAGAGAACUGGACAGGCUCUAUCGCUCAUGUAGAAUGGAUGUAAAUGUAAUGUAAUGUGUUGUGGUAGGGCUUAGUCAGUGCGCUGGUAUGAAGACGCUCGUUAGCCGUACCUAUAUAUUGUUAGGUAAAAGAGAUAGGGAAAAUUCACCAACCAGCUAACUGUACAGUUUGUAAAUAUGUACAAGGUAAGACUUUUCGUAACUUAUCUGUCCAUUUCUUGAGUUGACUCGAGCGCAUAAAUGCUAUAUGAUGCAUUAAUCAUACAGCGCUAUAUACGAUCAAUUCUGAAAUGAACUAUGAACUUGUUUUCGAUCGAAAUGCUCAGUGCGAAACGUCAGUAGGAAGUUUAAAACAAAGCAACAACAAAACAACACAUUUUACCAAUCUUGGCGCGCGCCUGCCCCAUUUUUCUCCCUAGCCCACGCAGGCACAUUUUACCAAACAGAACUAGACAUCACCAUUGAAUUCCUUCUUUUUUUAUCUUCAAAACACUAACCACACUAUUCUGAACUAUUCAUUCACUAUUCACAGCAAACUCCCAAAACCGUUUGUCCUGCAAACGGAAAUUAAAGACAAAAGGGCGUUGUGCGUUUGAAUGCAAUUGAAUUUCAUUACGAUUUAAACACGUAAAACAACACCGAGCUGCGCGUGUAUGCUCAUAAGGGUAGGGUAGAGAUCGGGAGAGGGCAGCGGUUUUUUUUUUUUUU